AUGCCGUCAUUGGACGAGGAAGGCGACAAUGCGAUCGGGCAGAAGGUCAAAGAUAUGUACUAUGAGAUCAUCAACGGGAAAGGAGGCAAACGCUCUUAUGAGGAAGAAGCGAACGAGGCAGAUGAAAAGAAGCACGUGAAGAAGCUCAACAAGCGACGGGAAAAGGAGUUACGGAAGCAGCAGAAGAAGCUGCAGGAUGAGAUGGCGAAGGUCGAUUCCGAUGAUGAUAUCCCAUUCUUCAUGCAGGAUGCCAGCAUCAAGGCAGCCAUGCGCGAGCGAGCGGAAGAGGACAUGGUGCAGUUCAGGGCCUCUGAGAAUUGA